AUGUCGGCCGCUCUCGAGUCUCUCAAGGCCGCGACCGAGCGCAUCAUCCUCGACCCGAAAUACCACGACCUGCUCGCCAUCCUCAAAGGCGCUCGCAAUGGCGCCGUCUACGGCACCAAAGUGCGGUUCCCGCAUGCGCUGGUCAUGAUUAUGCUUUUUCGCUCUGGAACAUUCCGAGAAAAGAUAUGGCUCAUCUUCCGCGCGACACGCACCCACGCCCGUAACCUCGCCAAGUUUGCCGUCAUCUACAAAGCCACCUGCGCGCUGCUCAGGCGCUUCGGUCAGACCCCGGGAAAAGAAGGCCCCUACGACAGCUUCGUCGCCGGCCUUCUCGGCGGCUACAUCGUCUUCGGCCAACGCUCCCCACGCUCCGGCAAAGUCUCCUCGGUCAGCCAACAAAUCGUCAUCUACAUCUUCGCGCGCGUAGCCCUCGCACUCGCGCGACUCGCCGUCAAACCAGGCGUGGGCCUACCCAUCGUAUCGGCCAACGCCAACCGCAGCGCAACCAUCAGCCACUACGCCUGGCCCGUGUUUGCUAGCGUCUCGUGGGCGAUGGUCAUGCACUUGUUCAAGUGGCAUCCGGAGGAUCUGCAGCCGAGUUUGAGGAGUAGUAUGACGUAUAUUUAUCGGGAUUCGGAUAGUUGGGAUGGGUUGAGGACUUUUGCUUGGCAUAAUAAGUAG